AUGAAAUUAUUUCAUCCUUCCAAUAUUUACGAAGAAUCUUGGUUAUUACUGAGUAUAAUAAAACUUUUAGGUUUAUAUCCUAUAAAAUUUUCCAAAACUUCAUGUAUAAAUUACAUUUAUAUAUCUAUAUUAAUAAUAUCCUAUGCGAGUCUUCGUUUUUAUUUACAAUUUUAUUAUAUGGUUGAUAUAAUGCAAAAACUUUUUCUUAUAAAUGACACAUUUGUACUUAGAAAAUUUCGAUUUGUCCUAAACUUAUUUUUGUUUUCUUUGAUAAUAAUUUCAAGUAUGCUUCAGAGUUUAAAAAUAAGAAGAGCAUUCAAAUAUAUAAAUAACAUUGAUAAAAAUUUAAAAUUCUUAAAUAUAGAGAUUGAUCAUACAUUAUGUAUGAAAAAUGAUAUUGUUAGAAUUAUUAAUGUGAUAUUUAUAGUAAUAACAUGUAAUUUAAUAGAUUAUUAUGGAUUAUUAGACAAUAAUGCAAAUUUUUUAUAUGUCUUAAUGUGGAUAUUUGAUCGAAUACCUGAUUUUGUUAAUGUUAUUAUAAUAUGUACUUUUGCCAUUUUUAUGAAUAAAAUUAAAAUUAGAUUUAUAGAGAUAAACACAAUGCUAAAUAUUAUUACAAAAGGAAAAACUUUCAUUUCUAUCUCCGAGACAUCUAAUAUAAAUAAUACUUCCAGAUACAACUUAUUAAAGUGUGUACAAUUCGAAUUAUGCAAAACGAUAUCACUUUUAAAUGAAUCAUAUAACUUUAGAUUUAAUGUUUUAUCAAUAAUAUAUAUUGCAUAUAUUUGUUUAGAUAUGUGUAUUAUAUAUAUACAUAUUAACAAUCGACUUUACAUGGUUGAUGUAAUACUUAGUUUUGUAUGGAGUAUCAUUAAUUUAAUUAAAGUUAUUUAUUUAAUUCAUUCAUAUCGCAAUUUAACUCUAAAGUAUAGUUAUGCAGAAUCAAAUAAGGAUAUUCCUUAA